CCAGGCACCGAUUUAUCCAAUGUUGCGCAGGUUUGACGGCUUGUGGACAUGUCAAUAUUGAUGUGUUGCAAAUUUCGAAAUUAGUUUAAGCAUUACGAAUUGGUGAAUUAAACAUUUCAUUCCGCCACCCUCAACAACCAAAUCCGAUUCAAAUGCGUCCGAGAACAGCUGGACUAUUGUUUUUUGUUUUCCUAACCUCAAACGACUUCGGUGUUUUCGGCGAACAAAGUAAACAAUCGACGGUGGGGCCAUGCAAAGCCUGCAAAAUAUUCGUGGACUCCUUCAAAAAGGGCAUGCAAAGAACUGAGAAGGGUAAGUUCGAAGGCGGUGACGCAGCCUGGGAAGAGGAGAAACUGAAACCGUACAGAAACAGCGAACUAAGACUGACUGAAAUACAGGAGAAGCUCUGUCACGACGUGACCGACGGCAAGGACCAAUGUUUUUCGCUGAUCGAGAAGUACGACCCUGAGUUGGAGGAGUGGUGGUUCAAGAAACAAGAAUCCAACCCAGACCUGUUUAGUUAUUUAUGUAUUGACGUAUUUAAAGUAUGCUGUCCGGACUUGCACUACGGUCCGGACUGCACACCUUGUCCAGGGUAUCCAGGAACAAUAUGUUCUGACAACGGGAAAUGCAGGGGUGCUGGCACAAGGAAAGGCAAUGGCACCUGUCUGUGUCAACCAGGUUAUGCUGGGGAUAUGUGCGGUGAGUGUGCUGAAACCUACUUCCAAUCUUACAAGGAUGAGAAGAAGAUUCUGUGCUCCAAGUGUCAUCAAGCUUGUGAUGGCCCAUGCACCAAAGCAGGACCCAUAGGUUGUAAAAAGUGUGCUGCUGGUUGGAUUCAGGAGGAGAGCAAGGGUUGUAUAGAUCUGAAUGAAUGCGCUGCCAAAAAGUCACCUUGCAGUCCCCUGCAAUUUUGCGUCAACAACGAAGGCAGUUACCGAUGUUUGGAAUGUGAUAGGGCCUGUCUGGGAUGCACUGGUGAUGGUCCAGAUAUGUGCCUAAGAUGUGCCAGUGGAUACACAAAGCAAAACAACAUCUGCGUCGAUAGUGAAAACGAGAGCAGAAUGAACCGUGUUUUGUACUCGAGGUAUAUUACUUAUGCAGGUUUAUGUAUUGCGACCUGCAUAAUAUUCCAGAAGAAUGUCGUGGUAUCGGGGGUGAUUGGAUUGGCGGUGGCUGCGUAUAUUUACGCGUCUGAAUACAUGUUGUCUACUCCCCCAACACCUGACGCAAACGCUCUACAAGAUCAAUUGUCUAAGGUAUUUUCUUAAACGGGUUUAUACAAGCCAAAAAAUGUUCUACCAAAUAAAUACAUAGUGUUUACUAUCUAAUCUUCCCCCUGAGAACUUUUAUUUAUUUUUUUAAAUGUCUUGUAACACUUAUUUAUUUUAACAGUUUUAUCCAAGUGUGGAAUCCACCCAAUCUUUUAGUUUAAUUCAAAUGGGUAUUAACUAUUGUGAUCCAUUUUUGUUUUGUAUGAAAUAUUGUGAUUUUUUCAAUUGUUAAUAAAAAAAUGUAUGUCA